AUGAAACAAGCAGCUCCAAUUCGAGACAUUGGAAACCAACUACUGAUCGAAACACUCGCACCCGGAACUACAAACUUCUCAAUAUACGCCAGAGAUGAGAGGCACAUAAUUCUCGACGAAUCAGACAGCCUUCAAACAGAUCGACCAGGUCUCGAAAGAUACCAAAUAAAUCGAGAUGCAGCUAUCGGAGGUCACUCGUAUGACUUCGCCGAGCUGUAUCUAGAGCAUCGCGAGUGGCAGGAACAGGUGAAGAAAGUCAACCAACGACUCAAUGAGUACGUUUGGCAAACAACAAACCUGCGCGAAAAUCCGGGGCUUAUGCAUGAGACACAUGCUUUGAUCAAGCUAGUCGAAUCUUUGAUACGCGAACGAGAUGAGCGAGGCAUAAAAUUCGAGAUUGCUUUGCAUGCUAGAGAAUUAGCAGACGGGGAGGAUGCAGAAUUGAGGGAAAACAAUAAUAGUUCUUCAGAUCCCUCAGUGGAAGAAGAGCCAAGAACAAAGAUCACUACUGCCGAAAUGGUGGAGUGGUUUAAAACAAUCUCUGAACUUUGGGAGGAGGAUAGGCAGACGGUUAUGAGCAUUCACCACGCAUAUGAUGCUGUUCGCGAUGGAGAAUAUUCUAACAUUCGAGAAGCAUUGGAGGAUGCAGCCAGCUUACAAUACUGGCUUUGA